UUUUAAUAAUUUUGUAGGUUUGCGUAAUUUCGUAACAGUUUGUGCGCUGAUCUGGCAAACAUAACAGAAAGAAAGAAGUUCAAGCAUCUGGAGUUUUCGUUGCCAUUAUGGCCAACACACCGGAAUUCAGUGCGGAUUCUCGCGAGGCGUGCGGGUAUUUGGUUACCAAGUAUGGUUUUCGAAAUCUGGAACAAUUUAAAGCGUGUUGUGCAUUUGUGCCAAGGACAAUGCCAUCUGGGAAGCGAAUGCAGGCUAUUGCGGAGAUGAUGAGCCUCUCGACUGCUCAAACGCAAAGCUUGGCACACGACUUUCGACGGCUUGCGCCAUCAUUUUUCGAAGAUCCGCCAUACACUGCUCCAGUCGAAGUGCUUUGCCCUCCUGUUUUACACUGUCAAAACAACUGUCGGUGGAAAAUUGGCCGACACAGGGGAAUGUUGCGAGUUCUCUCCUGGCAUCGCAAGCCGACUAAAGCAACAAUUUUUAGCGGAGCAGGAAGAACUAAACCUGCAUUAGUGGUAACUCUGAGGUGCAGAGGAUGCAAUUCGCGGUAUUCCUAUGGCUCCUGGACCAAUCAUCGAACCUCGACCUACUCAUUUUACAGCACCGGUCAGCCUUACCUGGACGUCUCGCAAGAGGUUUUCGUUUGUCGGCAGUUUGCACUUGAAAUCGUCAACCAGAUACUCUUUAAUCACGCGACAUACGACGGAAUUGCGGAAACUAUGAGGCAGACAUACAAUUGGGAUUCGUUGUUCUCUCGGAAAACAGUGGCUGCCACUUUCAUGCGGCACGAAAUUGAAUGCGACAUACGGGAACAGGAUAGUCAGCUAUUCAAUUUCAACGAGAAAAAAAGUAUUCUGCAGUACUUGGACAAGAGAAUGGACGCGAUAUUUUCCACCGUGUACAGACAUGAAUGCACCCCUGCGUGCAUUGCGCGACAGUGUGGAACGAUGAUUAUUAUGGACGGAAUAUGGAAAGCUGGUUUCAGACACUGCAUCGCUGAGGUGCUGAAUAUUGUGGAGACUAUUCCAUUGCUAAACUUUCCGAAUGUUUGUACAAACCAACCAGACGGCACUUGUCUGCACUGCGUUAAACAUAAACAUCUGGAGUCCGCCAUAAAAGACCAACGUGAACAUAUGACCAUUCAUAUGGCAGGGGUCUCAGAUAUGCUAAAAUCCAAAGCAAUGUCGGACAUUAAUGCCUUACUAAAUGGCGAAAUGGAUAACGCUUCCCCGGAGACUACUUGCCGAAAAUUUGAUCCACAAGUCAGCUGCAAAAAGAACAAGGGCCAAAAUCAGCGAGGUCAUCUUUAUAGUCGUGGCUAUUUAUUUCUAGUUGGACCCACGGGACACGUCUAUAGCUUUGCCCCAAUUUACAGGGCAGAAAGCCUGGGACAAGUCUUCCUCUUUUUAAUAAGCGGAUUGUAUCAACUUUUGCAAGAUGUGCCACCUGAGGACUGGAAUAAGAUAUUUGUCUGCUACGACAAUAUUUGCCAGUUGAACCGGCUGAAAGCUGCCUGUGAACUGCUUCCAUUAUCUAAACCAUUUGAUGAGAUGUGGCUGCGAGUCAGCAAAAUUAUCGACGGAUUGCACAUUCAAAACCACAAAGACCCGAGAUGCAGCAAAGAUUAUCACCCGGAUAAUUUUUACUCAACCUAUCCAGAGGCGGAAAAGCGGAACACGAUGGCAGCUGAACAAACGUUCGCGUGGUUGGCGAAAUUCAGGAAACAGCUUAAUGCAAUGAAUAAGGCCAAGCAAAUCUUCUUUCUCUAUCGAAUGAUAUUACGGCGUAAUGUCUACCUGGCAGAAUGUGUAACAGAGGCAAAGCAGCCGGUUGGUGGCACAAUGCGUACCUUUACUGACAAAUGA